AUGAAGCUCUCUAUGCGUUUGGUCUCAGCUGUUCUCCUCUUGUUCGUGAUAUUCGUUAACACAGGGAUGGGUCCUUUCACAGUGGAGGCACGGAAGUGUGAAUCGUUGAGCCAGAAGUUCAAAGGUGCAUGCGUGAGCGAAAGCAACUGCGCAAACGUGUGCCACGGCGAAGGUUUCAGCGGAGGUGAUUGCCGUGGACUACGCCGUCGUUGCUUCUGCACCAAACAAUGCUGA